GUGGAGGUUUGUAAGGCCAUACAUUUCAGGGUGCUGGCCUUAUCGAAACCUUUCCUUCCUUUUCUCUUCACUCCUCUCUUCUCUCUUCUCUCUCUCGCUAGAGAUAGAGAUAGAGAAUAAGCAGAGAAAAGAGCCCUAGAGGCCUUAGUGCGUCAUGGCUUCCAUAGUCGGCGUUUCGACCUUGUACCGAAUACCUUGUCUGGAACAUUGUAGAAGGACUUCGCCUCUGUCUCCCUCCGAAAAGCUCCAGUUGGGAGGUCUAAGAGCUGCUCCUGGCAGGGUUUUGGAAGCUUGUUGUCCUCUGAGAAGCUCUCGCGACCCAAGACCCAACCCUCUCUUCAUUUCUUCUGCAAUUGCCACUCCUAAUUCCGUUUUGAGUGAGGAGGCAUUCAAAGGGCUCGGUGGCUUCUCCAAGGAAGACGAUUACUCUCUUCAGACAGAUGGCUCCGAGGGUGAAGCCGCUGAAGAUGAUGACAACCUUGCCAUUGCCAGUUUGGGUUUACCACAGCAGCUUGUUGACUCUCUUGAGAAGCGAGGGAUUACCCACCUUUUCCCAAUCCAGAGAGCUGUGUUACUUCCUGCCUUGGAAGGUCGAGAUCUCAUCGCUCGUGCAAAGACAGGGACAGGGAAGACAUUGGCCUUCGGAAUCCCAAUUAUUAAACGCCUCACCAUGGAUGAUGAAGGAAGAAAUCUUUCAAGGCGGUCGGGUCGUCUUCCUCGUUUUUUGGUUCUAGCACCAACUAGGGAAUUAGCAAAGCAAGUAGAUAAGGAAAUCCAAGAGUCAGCACCUUAUCUCAACACUGUUUGUGUUUACGGAGGAGUUUCUUACAAUAUCCAGCAAAAUGCACUUUCUCGGGGUGUAGAUGUUGUUGUGGGAACUCCAGGCCGUAUCAUUGACCUGGUCAAUAGCAACAGCCUCCGGUUGAGUGAAGUUCAAUAUCUGGUCCUUGACGAAGCUGAUCAGAUGCUUGCUGUUGGAUUUGAGGAGGAUGUGGAAGUUAUACUAGAAAAACUUCCAUCUGAGCGGCAAAGCAUGCUCUUCUCUGCAACAAUGCCUGGUUGGGUCAAGAAGCUGGCGAGGAAAUACUUGGACAAUCCUUUGACAAUUGAUUUGGUUGGUGAUCAAGAUGAAAAGCUGGCAGAAGGGAUCAAACUUCAUGCAAUACCAACAACUGCAACUUCAAAGCGGACCAUUCUCAGUGACCUAAUCACAGUCUAUGCUAAAGGUGGGAAGACAAUAGUUUUCACACAAACAAAACGAGAUGCUGAUGAGGUGUCAAUGGCCUUGAGCAAUAGUAUUGCUUCAGAGGCACUUCAUGGGGAUAUAUCUCAACACCAACGUGAGAGGACAUUGAAUGGUUUCCGUCAAGGAAAAUUUACUGUGCUUGUUGCAACAGAUGUUGCAGCACGUGGACUUGAUAUCCCAAAUGUUGAUCUGAUUAUCCACUAUGAACUGCCAAAUGAUCCUGAAACUUUUGUUCAUCGCUCUGGUCGCACGGGGCGUGCUGGGAAAGAAGGAACUGCCAUUCUGAUGUUUACUAGUAGCCAGAGGAGAACUGUAAAAUCUCUCGAGCGUGAUGUGGGAUGUAAGUUUGAGUUUAUCAGUCCACCACAGAUACGAGAGGUCUUGGAAUCUUCUGCAGAGCAAGUUGUUGCUACUCUUAAUGGGGUCCAUCCAGAAUCAAUAGAAUACUUCCGCCCAACUGCACAACGAUUGGUUGAAGAAAAGGGAACCGAUGCUCUUGCUGCUGCACUUGCACACUUAAGUGGUUUCUCUCAGCCUCCUUCAUCUCGUUCUCUUAUUAGCCAUGAGCAGGGAUGGGUAACAAUACAGUUAACUCGUGAACCUGGAUACUCGAGAGGGUUCUUAUCUGCCAGAUCUGUUACUGGUUUCCUAUCUGAUGUCUAUCCAGCUGCAGCCGAUAAUGUUGGGAAAAUCCAUCUGAUUGCAGAUGAAACAGUUCAAGGAGCAGUUUUUGACUUGCCUGAGGAGAUUGCCAAAGAGCUAUUGAAUAAGCAGACUCCCCCUGGAAAUACCAUAUCCAAGAUCACCAAGUUGCCUCCAUUGCAAGAUGAUGGCCCUCCGAGCGACUACUACGGGAGAUUUUCAAGCAGGGAACGCGGUCCUCGAGGUGGUGCAAGGGACCGUGGCUCUAGGGGUUCUCGAAGCUGGGGUGGCAGGGACUCCGAUGAGGAGGAUGGAUUUCGGCGUGGUGGACGGAGUUACAGAACUGGCAAUAGUUGGCCACGGAAGUCAAGCAGUGAGGAUGAUUGGCUGAUCAAUGGCAGGAGAUCGAACCGUUCAUCCCCUUACGGGGGUCGGGACAGAAGCUUUGGGGGAGCUUGUUUCAAUUGUGGCAGAUCUGGUCACAGGGCGUCUGAAUGCCCAAACAAGCAAGAUUACUAGUCUUGUACACACGGGCUAGUUGAUCAAGGUCAGAUGUUGCUCAUUGCUCCGUACUAUAGUUUCUGAUCCAAGGCUGGCCGUCAGAAGAUUAGCGAAAUUCUCCUGACACGUUUGGAUAUGAAGGGAAAGGAUUUUAUCAAGCAAGCCUCCAGAAUUAGUAAAGCAACGAUCCGAGUUAAACUCUUCAGGGAUGUUGUUUUCUCGGUUGCUUUUCUAUCUUGUAUCAUGGAAUCUUGCCUUUGCAUUGCAGAAAUUAAAACAAGAAACCAAGAGGGAGCUGAAGUCCAGUUUAUAUAUUUUUUUCUCUCUAAAUGCAUGGACACUAAUUUUGUUAUAUGUAGGAGGAUGGCGUCAUGUUUUUGUUGCA